AUGGAUGCCCCCAAGAAUGACCAAAAUGUUGUAACCGUAGAUGUACAUGCUGCCAAAGAUCUGCUCAAUUCAUCUGGUUACUGUUAUCUUGAUGUGAGGUCGGUUGAGGAUUUCAACAAAAGCCAUGUUUUGAAUGCUCAUAAUGUCCCCUAUAUGUUCAUCACAGAAGAAGGACUGGUGAAAAAUCCUGAUUUUGUUGGCCAAGUAGCAGCAAUAUGCAAGAGUGAGGAUCACUUAAUUGUGGCUUGCAAUAGAGGAGGAAGAUCCCUCCCAGCCUGCGUUGAUUUGCUUGACUCAGGAUUUAAACAUAUUGUUAACAUGGGGGGAGGCUACUCUACGUGGGUGGACGCUGGAUUUGCCGGGAACCAGCCAGCAGAAGAGCUCAAAACUAGUUGCAAGUUCCGUCCUUAA